AUGUUUCGGAAAUUGCUGAGCAAGUCUGGACGCAGACUCCUCAGGGCUAUCAAGAAGCUGUCGACGAGGAGCCGGGCGGCAAAGAAGUCGCGAUACUUGACCACUUGGCAGUCGGCCAUGCCGGACUUCGAGACGACCUCUUUGUCGUGGUCGUUGCCGUCCCUCGAUGCGAAAAGCAUCGACACGUACACAACGUACGUGGCCGAGAGCUCGGAGGAGGACUGCGUCUCGACGUGUUGCUACUGCGACGAAUGCGAGGAAAAUCAGAGGAACGAGAACAUCGAGAACGAAAUGUGAUCGGACAGUGGCAAACCGUUCACGUGGAUUCGCCGUCGCGCAAC